AUGGACUGCUUGUUGGUGGUGGAAGCGGCCGCAUUCACCGAGUCACCCUCAACUAAUUCAGUUGCACCACAGGCCGACUCUCUUACAGAGGAGCAGGUCUCCGAGUUCAAGGAAGCAUUCUCUCUGUUUGACAAAGAUGGAGAUGGCCAGAUUACCACCAAGGAGCUGGGCACUGUCAUGCGUUCUCUAGGCCAGAAUCCGAGCGAGUCGGAGUUGCAAGACAUGAUCAACGAGGUGGAUGCCGACAAUAACGGCACCAUCGACUUUCCCGAAUUCCUGACCAUGAUGGCCCGAAAAAUGAAGGAUACCGAUUCCGAGGAAGAGAUCAGGGAGGCAUUCAAGGUGUUUGACCGAGAUAACAAUGGAUUUAUUUCGGCAGCAGAGCUGCGUCAUGUUAUGACUUCUAUCGGCGAAAAGCUCACUGACGACGAGGUUGAUGAGAUGAUUCGAGAGGCCGAUCAGGACGGCGACGGCCGAAUUGACUACAACGAAUUCGUCCAGCUCAUGAUGCAGAAGUAA